AUGACUGAGAGCAAACAGCCAUCGACAGAGGGAGCUGGGACAGGAGCGGGCCUUAUCUACCGCCCGGCCGAAGCGCAAGAAGACGACCUCCUCUCAAGAAUCCUCUGCAAUGCAUUUCUUCCGCUAUGGAAUCACAACUGGUUCCAUGGUAUAUCUCACCCAUUGGAGCCCGUCACGAUCGGCACGACGGACAGCAAUCCACCGAUGAGCAGACUGCAGAGAUCGCGAGUGCGCUUCUACCUCGGCUUGAUCAAGGUGACCAGACUGAUAGGCGGGGUUGUGCUCGUCGCGGAAGUCCCGUCCACUGCUACGGGCACGCCCACGGCAGCAGAGUCGGCCGACGCCACGAGCGCGACGCGCGACAUCGGCGCCAUUCUCUUGUGGCUUCCUCCCUCAAAGCGACUCGGCGGCUUAGACAUUCCUACGCUCUGGCGCUCGGGCUUGCUGUCGCUUAUGCUACCCUGGCACUAUGGGCUGACGGGCUUCUACCGCAUCGAUCUCGUCUUCGAAGAGAACAUUGCCAAAAUGUGGGCGCGCACGCUUCCGGACCUCCCGCCACGAGGCUUCAAGGAAAGCGACUGUGGCUUCGUGCAGAUGAUCGCCAGGAAUCCCAAAUACGCGCGCAAGGGGUACGCUUCUGGACUGUUAAAGUAUCAGAUGGACCGGCAUUUUGCAGAGUUUCCCGACAGGCCGGUGCUCCUGGAUACGACGACCUUGGAGGGGAUCAGGGCGUACGAGAGGUUGGGAUUCAAGUUGUUGGCCGAGACCCCAGUGGACACAGGCACGGACGCCAGGGGGAUGAUGUUGACAAAGAAUGCGAGCGAAGAGGUCAAGAAGGAAGCACAAGAGAUCUGUGUACAGAGGGUGAUGGCGAGGCUGCCGGGAGGAGAUUUCUGA